AUGUAGAUAACAAUAGCAUGUAGCCGAAUUCUUACAUGAACCGAAGUCAAAAGGAGCCUAGAAAGAAGCCGAAGUCCAUGUUUAAUCAGAUGUUCACCCAGACAGUAGCUACCAGCUUCGCUUAUUAUGGAGUGACGCGUUGUCUGAAUUCGCUUGCCAGCCCAGCCAAGCAUAGUUUGAGGGGAAUUAAAUAAAAAAAGGAUGUGAGGCGCAAAUCAAGGCCGUGCUUACUAUGAAUCUGCGGUGUUUCCUGGUGGUGGUGGUCCACCUGGUUGUAGCCGAAACACAGCUGGUUGUCAAUGUUAAGACCCAGGGUGGAGAGGUGUUCAAGGAGACAAUAACAGCAAAUAUUUCUGAUGAUUCUGUUAUGUUGGAGUUUCCUCAGAAUGAUGGAACAUACAUCACCCAGCUUAUUGACUUCAAACAGGAAUUACAAAUCUUCAAGGUGAUUGUUCUUGGAGAAGAGGAGCUAGGGCAGAGCCAGUUUCAGGUUAUGUGCUUCAUAAUGCGCUUCUUCAAGAACAACUUCAUAUCCUCUGAUGCAAUGUCCAAACUCAGGCAGAAAAACCCUGGUACAGUACGUGUGCCAGAGGAGGACAGGGGAACAGAAGAGGUGGAGCUGGAUGUGAGUGUGGAUGUUCCUAGGGCUGGCAUUCUCUCUCCUCACAUCCCUGUCCUCUGUAACAUGGCAGCUACCUCCACCUAUGCUUCAGACCGGGACAUCAAGUUGUGGGCCACGCAGCGCAGAGAGCUGGAUGGUGACUGGUCUUUGGUGAGUGAUGUGACACGACACCUGCCAACCCGUGGCGUGGCGCGCUGUGGGGACAGUGGAAGGGACCUCGCCAGUGCUUGUGCUUGUCACUAUCAGGUGUGCAUUGCUUGGUAUCCCUGUGGUCUCAAGUAUUGCAAGGGACGAGACAACUCUGGCAAGGCUGUAUCCUACCGUUGUGGAAUACGAACUUGCCGCAGAUGUAGAAACUUCAGCUACUUUGUGCCCCAGCGACAGUUGUGCCUGUGGGAUGACUGAUGCCCUUACUUUUUUGCCAUGUGGUGAUGUCUGUCUUAAUGGAAGCCUUUUAGUUCAAAACUAUAGUGAGCAUCACUGAGCAGCUGCACCAGAGUAAUACCUUUAAGAAAUUUUCAAUGAAUUUGUAACUCAUUGAUUUGGUAGGAUUUUAAGCAGGAAAACAUUGUUAGCAAUUAUAGAAACAUUAAAGUUUCUAAUAACUGCCUACAUAUAAAAUGUUGAACUAGUAUGGCAAAGCCUGAAAGUGUUUCCUGUUCUUCUUUCCUUUAAGAGCCCCACAUGAUUGCUUAAAAUAAAAUUGUUGACAGAUUUUUGUUUACUCCAUUGAAAUAAUUUCAUUAACUUAUAUUUAAAGAUUUUUCUCGGUAAGAUGGUCCUGUUGUUCCAUCUUUCUUUGAUUCAAGAGAAGCAUGUGAUAAUCAUUCUUUAAAGUGAAGGUGUGAGUUUAUGAGGUCUACAUUGGAGUCCUGCUAGUGCCUGGCCAUUAUUCAAAUAUCACUGCAUGUUAUCCAUUUUUCAACCUAUGGCUAUGACUUCAGCCAUAAUAUAGGAACUUUAAUGAGGUACCACUGAAAGUCAUCUGCCCAUGCUGCCACAGGCUUCUUUUAAAACUUCUAAACAUAAGAGUGCACAAAUACAUAUGCCUUUACAUAGAACUGUCUGAAUUGUUUGAGCUUCAUACAUCAUCAUGCAGGUUUAAGAAGCUGUGGGGUUGGCCAUACAUGUGUGCUAUAUUGCAUGAGGCAUAAGCUUUCUAUCUUUAUUAUACCAGGCUGAUUUAUCCCACAAAUGGGAAUAGCUUGAGAGAAUGUUUUUUUAAGUAGUUGAUAGUCAUUACAAUUGUGGUAGAAAAUUAGGAAACAUGGCUGUAACAUUUAAAAGGGAGAGAUUACUGAUCUAUUGUAGAAAAGAUGAAAGGUGAAAAAUGUCAGGUUUGACUUAGAGAAACCAACAUUAUGAGCAGAGUAUAGUUGACAGCAUAUUAAGCUCAGGGCCCACUCUACUCAGAAAGCCCACUGGAAGAAAUAGGGCCCACUCAAGUGGGCUGACAUUCUAAUGUGGGGGAAGACAAGCAGGAAGUAUAGUAGGGAUGGCAGUGAGAAUGGAGUAUUCCCUGCUGCAGUGUUCUUCCAAUAUUUGAAGGUUUCUUUGUUGCAGCUAGAUAUAGGAGGAUCUAAAUCAGUUAGGUUUUUAAAUCGAUAAUGAGAAUCACUCAUAGCAAGUCGGAUAUUUCACACCAUUGUCUACAGAUGUAACAAAUGACAUAGGUAACUAUUUCUGUUUUGAUAUGUCAUAGCAUGAGAAAAGAGACCAAGCAGACUUUUUAUCACUGUUUCUGUUUGUGCUAUAUAGAGACAUGAUGCCUCAUUUCUUGUAAAAUGUGUCUUAACUUUUAAUUUGAGAUGAAGCAGUUCAUAAAGAUUGCAUGGUAGUUUUCAAAAGAUCCACUAAAAACUAAUGUUGGGAUGAUGAUAUGUGCUAUGUAUGAGUGUUAUUGGUGCAAGUAUUUAAAGUGCAUAAAGUAAUUGCUACUACCAUAUUUCAGUCCUUAAUGGGAGCAUGUGGUGGUGUUGGAAGCUAGUCCUGCAGUAGAAGUGAAUGCUGAGUUGAUAAGUCUUCUGUUUGAGAUGAAAUUAUCAAUCUUUUGCAAAGUUCAAUUAAAGAAUACUCAAUAGUUAUUUUUAUAUUUUAAUACUUUUGCAGCUAUAUCAAGCUUUGUAUAUAUUUAUAUUUUUUGCUGUACGUGAUGAACUGAUUUGGUAUACUAUAUUGUCAUUUUUAUAUAUCCAUAUUUAUUAAGUGAAAUAACUUUGGUAAUAAUUGUGUAUAAAUCAAUAAAUAUCAAUAUACUCAUA